AUGUCUCCUUUUGUAAUAGCGAAAGCACUCGAACAGCUCAUCGGUAAAAAAAACAAUGCCAAGAAACUGGGUUCUGGAGAUAUCCAAGUGCACGUUGAAAAGCGAGAGCAAAACAGUGCACUUUUUUCACUGACAAGCAUCAAUGGGAUAUCUGUCACUGUAAGUUCACACCGGAGUUUGAACAUUGUUAAAGGAAUAAUUUCUGAGAGCGACCUUCUUGACUGUUCGGAAUCGGAACUCCAAGAAGACCUACAACAGCAUGGCGUUGUAGCCGUGAAGCGAAUAGUCAUGCGUAGGGAUGGGAAACAAAUCCCAACAAAGCACGUCAUUCUUACUUUCAAGCUCCACAAGCUGCCAGAAACAAUCAAAGCCAGUUACCUCAGUUGCAAUGUGGGGGCUUACAUCCCAAAUCCGAGUCGCUGUUACAAGUGCCAGCGGUUUGGCCACGGCUCUCAGGUCAUGUCCUUUUGGAAGGAGGAGAAACAGAUCCUAAAAAUGAAAACUGAGCAAAAUUUCACGUACGGUGUAGCAAAGGCACAAUUGGCGUUCCAAAAGAAAGGAACCUUCUCUGAUGUGGUGCGCAGGGGAGUGGCACCACUCAGAGUAUCGCUGGAGACCCAGACCUCUGGGACUCGCCUCCACACUCCCCAACACAAAGAGAGGGACACUGAGGGUUCUCCCUCGGUGGCCUCUCCAACGAACAGCCAGGAAGAUGCAAUGUUAACCUCAGAGGAGGUUGUUGCAUCCCCCUCUGUUUGGGACGGGAUUGCCAAGGGCCUGUCUCAAAACACAAGUCAGAGCAUGGAUCUCGAUGACGACGACUGCUGCUCGCAGAAGUCUUCUUCGAGUCUACCAAGUCUUCCCUUGGGCAAAGAACAGAGGAGGAGAAAAGCUGGCCGAGGACGAGGAGGGAAAGCCAAGGAACAACAACAAAGGGUUCCUCCACCGAGAAUACAAGCUCCUUAA